CAUUUCUCCGAGUUGAGGUUAUAAUAGUUUCAGUGGAUCACAUAAAGUUCGAUAUAUUUUUAAUUACAAUGUUCGCGCGCAAUUUGUAUCGGUUUCGUUCGUUUGGCCGUUUGAUAAACAAACAACCAAACAUAAUACUCGAAUCUACAUAUAAGAAACCCCCAGCAGCAGUAAGCAAUUUCCCUGAAAUUAACCUGCUUCCAGUACGGUACUAUGCUAAAAGCAAAGAUAAAAAGAAGGAUAAAGGCAAGAAGGCCGCCAAAGUUGAAGUAAAUGAAUCACAAUUACGCGAAAUAAUAAAUCUAGACUCUUUAAAUAAUCAAAUGCAACGAGCCGUGGACUUGAUGCGAGACGAAUUCAUCAAAAACCUUUCACUUCGAUCGACAACCGGCGCCAUCGAAACUCUAAAAGUAACAGUCGACGGAAAGGAGCAUGAACUGCAAGAGCUUGGACAAAUCGCUCGUAAAAAUCCCAAAACAAUCAUCGUAAACAUGAUAGCAUUUCCACAAACAAUCCCAGAUGUCUUGAAAGCUAUUGAAAAGAGUGGAAUGAAUUUGAAUCCACAGCAGGACGGAACAACACUCUUCAUACCUAUUCCAAAGGUUACGAAGGAGCACCGUGAAAACUUGUCGAAAGGUGCUAAGUCCCUCUUCAUAAAAUGUCGUGAUAGUAUCCGUGAUGUUCAAAAUGCUACCAUAAAAAAAUUGAAGAAACAAACAGAUAUUUCAGAGGACGUAAAUCACAGCGUACAAAAUCAAGUCAUUUCAAUCGCCGAUAAAUACAUAGCCGAAGCGGAAAAAAUGUUAGCAUCCAAGCAAACUGAAUUGCUCGGGGCUUAGAAUUGUUUUUUAAUAAAGAUUAUUACAUAUGUUAAAGUAGCUACUGCCUAAAAUAUACAAUGACUGUUGAUCAAACUUA